AUCAGCACCAGCCAGCAUUCAGCAGCAGUAGCCUCGUCGUGGCUAAAGGGGCUUCGGGAUGUUGUACCACGAGCUAGUCAACCGCGGCGUGUCGUCGUGUUAACCGUCGUCCACGUCGUUAAGGACGAAGGGAGUUGCAAACGAACGGGGUGCUGGCCGGUUAUUGCACGCGAGCUACUAUUCGGCUCUCGAGUCUCGUUGGUCGGUCGCGGUUCUUCGCGCGGUUCCGACCCGACGGGGGACCAUCGGUGCGCCCUCGGAAUAAAUUCGAACCAAGGGAUCGGAGACGUGGUUAGUCGAGUUCGAGCCGGUGCGCGAUACGAUCCUCGACGUUGACGGAACGUCACGCAAGAUUUGUCUCGUUCGCACGCUGCCUCUGAUCGUGCACGACGAUACACACGUACACGAUCGUUUUGUUUUCAUGCCUGUUUCUUAUGCCUUUUUUUUAUCCCCUUUGUCGACUGGUUCGAAGGGAUUAUUCUCGUUCUGGAUGAGACGAGCCUGUGAUUCGUCGUUGAGUUUACUGUUGUGUUAGAACGUUGCUGUUACGCGAGGAAGAUCGUUACAUAGUUUUAUUUAAAAUAGACCGUUAUCGUUAUCGAUUAAUCAAACAUAGCCAGUACGCAACGAACCAACGACGGAGGAGAGCGAAAAAAAAAAGACAACGGUAACAUUAUUAAUUAAAAACGAAACAGCGUGCAACAAUUUUUCACGUUGGUCUCCUGCAUCGGACAAAAUAUCGCGAGGGACAAAGCAUAGAAGCCAACCGAGCUGCGUUCGUCGAUCAAUUUCAUCGCAGCGAUACGAAAUAUAAACGCAUCGCGCGAGCUAACAGCUCGAAAUUGAGAAAAUAAAAGGGACAUGUACAAAGGGAUCAGUGCAACGAUUGUUCCAUCGAACAUAGAAGUUCAGCAAGAAGAAGAUCCGUAGCGACUGUUAAUCCGAAGGCUAGGCCGGCUAAACCGCGGCGUAUCGAUCGAUAAUCCUUGGUGACCCGUGAUUCGCAGUGAAUUUUUAACGUCGCACGGUUUUAUCUCUCGUCGAUUUUUUACGAGGAACGCGACCGAUUCAGUGCUGUGAGAUAAAUGUUUCAUAGACAGCAGUCGUGGUACAGGUAAUAUCGAAUCUCGAAGACUUACCGUGGAAUCAAAGGUGGCUCGAGGAUCCUCGACGAUAUGUCCCCGGAAAUCCAGGGACUGCCGUGAAAAAAUAAGCUUCGAGGUGCAAGACGCGGAACGGCGAUAAAAUGGCGGACAAUCAGAGAAGAAGACCGUAUCUGACCAUCAGUAUACUUCACAUCAUCACCAUCAUGUGCCAAGCUCUCUCCGAUCGACCAAUGUUUGCCGAGCCAAUACCGAACGUCACGGUGCCAUUGGGGAGAGACGUCAGCUUACCCUGUGUCGUUGAAAACCUCGGUAAUUAUAAGGUGGCGUGGAUUCACGUGGGUCGUCAAAUGCUCUUGACCAUUCACAAACACGUGGUCGUGAAGAUACCGAGAUUCUCGGUGUCCCACGACAACCAGAAGACCUGGCUGCUCCACAUCAACAACGUGCAGCAAGACGAUCGAGGCUAUUAUAUGUGCCAACUGAACACGAACCCGAUGAUGAGCCAGGUCGGCUUCCUUCAAGUUGUCGUACCACCGAACAUUUUGGACUCGUUGUCCACCGAGAGCACAGUGGCGGUUCGUGAGAACCAGAAUAUUACGCUGACGUGCAAAGCAGACGGAUAUCCAACGCCAAAACUGAUGUGGAAGAGAGAAGACGGCCAGAGUAUAAGCAUCAAUCGGCAUUACAAAGUGUCUCUGUACGAUGGCGAACAAUUAAACUUGACGAGGAUCACGCGCAAUGAAAUGGGCGCGUAUCUGUGCAUCGCGACCAAUGGCGUACCACCAACAGUCAGCAAAAGGAUCACCGUGGACGUCGAAUUCUCGCCGAUGAUCUUCGUGCCGAAUCAGCUGGUCGGUGCACCAGCUGGGACGAACGUAACGAUCGACUGCCACACGGAAGCUUAUCCACGGGCGAUGAGCUACUGGUUCCUUGGCGCCGAGAUGAUACUAUCCAACGAGAAGUAUACCACCAGCAUCAUGGAGAACAGUUACAGGGCGUACAUGAGGUUGACCAUAAGAAAUCUGCAGGAUGGUGACUUCGGCAACUACCGUUGUAUCAGCAAGAACUCGCUGGGCGAGACCGAAGGUUCCAUCAGAUUGUAUGCAAUUCCGAAACCAUCCGCAGCGCCGAAGGCCACGGAGAUCAAGAGCAGCGCCAACAAAGAAGGACGACCGAGCACGCCGUCACCAGCAAAAAGGCCGACCACCGUGUGGCCAUCCUCGUACAACCCCUACUAUACGAAAAGGACAGAGAGGCCGCCUCCCCCGAGCGAGGAGAGGGUCGAGAGGCCAGAGCAGAAGCUACGUGGUAGCCAGAGCACAGGAAGCGCGUACAUCAUAAGAUGGAGUGCCCCGCAACUGAUGGUGGUAGCGGUGCAGUAUAUCCUCACGGGGCCCUAUAUGCCCCCGUACGUGCCCCAGACGGCGAAUUAGGAGAUGGACCACGAAAAACGUGGAUCAUGUUCGUCCAGGACGUUCUGUCGCGCCCUGUGUACGUGUGUCUGACCUUUGCAUCUCGAUCUACUUGCAGCGGAGAGCCGCGCACCAAAAUACGAUGCACCUGCGAAAUACGAUAUCAGCGUAUCGAACGUAAUCUAUCAACGAGACGAAAGCGAGAGUGCCGUUUUUAUUCUUUCGUUAAUGGCAAUUCGAUAGGUAGGAUAGUAAAAAUAGUAACGAAAUAAUUUUGCGCUAGAAUAUAUUUAGAACGAUUAUUUGUUGUAUGAAAGGAACGAAACGAUAUGUUGGAUUAAUAUUUGCGAUUAGAUUGACGGUUGAUGCGAUACAUUAGCGGAAACAGACGAAAUUAUUUGUCAGCCGGGUUGUAUACCUUUAAUUGGAUUGUUAAUCGCAAUCGAAUAUUAAUUAGGGUAAUUGAAUUAUGUAUCGGCAGCCGCUGGAUUACGGGCUUAAUUAGCAUCAGAUAUUUAUUGUGAGGUGAAUUAUCUUGGUAAAUUAUUUGUCGGAAGUAAUGACGUAUGAACAGGAAACGAACCGUUUUCCAGCAGCAAUAUGACAUUGCACCACGAGCCUGUACUUAAUCGGUGCAAUUAGAGAGAAAUUUAUACGGUACUCGUCGAUGUCCUUCGAAUUUUUAUUUUCACCUUUAUACAAUGUUUUAUGGUAAUUAUUUACGACCAUACAUGAUGGCAUGCAAUUUUCAUAAUUCUAUCAUUCGAGAACUAUGUGAAACCGUAGCAGAGAAUCGUAAUGAAAAUCGAUAACACUUACGUUGUUUCGAUGGUCCAAUACAAGGCAAAGGAUAACAGUCCCGGGCGACGUAAACUCCUC